AUCAUUAGUAUUAAAGAUGUUGUAAAUCAAUGAUAUUGUUAUUCAAACUGUUAAUGACCAUGUUACAUAACUUUAAUGAUUCAUUCAUAGGCGUUGAUGACGAAACCAUAAAACGGUAACAAUGGAUCCAAAAUUGUUAAUAAUGUAAUUGUAAAGAAUUGAUAAGUAUAUUGAAAUCGUUAAUAGUGAUGAGGUAUACUAAUAACGAUUCAUUUCAUAAAGGCUGAUAAUGUCAUUGCAAAAUGUUAAUAAUGGAUUGCAAAUUGCCACGAAGUAAGAGAGAGCAUAUAUUUUUAAUUUUCAAUUUUAAUUAUAAAAAAUAAAAAGUAUUAAGUUCGAAUUUAUUAAAUAAUAAUAUUUAAUUAAAUUAAUUUUGAAUUUCCUUUUCAUUGUAGUGGAGAGAGAGGGUUAUGGAGAAGAUCAAGGGAGAGAGAGAAAGAGAAUUAUUAAUGAGUAAUAUUAAUUAUAUUUUUAUAAUAUCUUAUUUAUUCAAACUAAAUAUUAACUACUAACCAUCAUUAACUACCUAAUCUAGUAUAAGCCAAUAAAAAUCAUUUAAGAACCUCCUUAAACAAUGAGGCUUAAGGACCGGAUCCAACCCGAUUUAUGGUUUCGUUGCUUCACUAAUCGGCGGUAGUAAGCGACUAAUAAUGAAUUAUGUUUUAUUUUCAUGAGUAAGAUUUGGAAAAAUAAACUCCUGAUGAAUUGGUUCAACUAGUAUCAUAAAAUCCAAAUGCAGAGUAAACACUUGUUGGGUUGAAGUCAUAAUGGCUGAAAGACCAUUUUUUCCAAAUCAUACUGAAUUCAACGACGAUCUUGCAUUUUGGUUUUGAUGUCGUUUUUUCACAGGGUUCAGAGUUAAAUAUUUUACAUUGAAUCUAAAUCUAAAAAUUGUUCAUCCUCAAAAAAAAAAAAAAAAAAAAAACAUAUAUGACGAUCUUGCAUUUUUGUUUAGAUGUCGUUUUUUCACAGGGUUCAGAGUUAAAUAUUUUACGUUGAAUCUAAAUCUAAAAAAUAUGAGGAUCUUGCAUUUUGGUUUAGAUGUCGUUUUUUCACAGGGUUCAGAAUUAAAUAUUUUACGUUGAAUCUAAAUCUAAAAAUUGUUCAUCCUCGGCAAAAAAAAUUCAAAACUUGUCAGAUAGCCACAUGACCAUCCGGGUCACCUCAGUAACCAAGAACGAUCAUCUACGGCGUCAAAGAAUUUGAAAUUCAUCUCAACCGUUAAUCACGCUCUGAUCAUGUGGCCACAAUUCAUCCACCAAGCUUGGGAUCCUAUCUCCUUAGUGCUAAAGGAAACAGGCGUCAAAGAAUUUGAAAUUCAUCUCAACCGUUAAUCACGCUCUGAUCAUGUGGCCACAAUUCAUCCACCAAGCUUGGGAUCCUAUCUCCUUAGUGCUAAAGGAAACAGAGGUACGAGCCUAUAGAACAGAUCCUGUUCAAGUAAGGUCGUGAUAAAUGGACUUUCGUUUGAGCCUUAUAAAGAGAAGCGAGGUGGAAGAAACAAGUGAUGUGGUAGAAUAGUAGACGCUAAAGUCAAUUGGGCCUCUUCCGGCCCAGUUUAACUCAUAACAUGGUUCCUGCUGCUGGAACUUCAUCAAGAAACGAGAACUGAAAGAGCUUCUUCAGCAGCAUAUGAUUUUCUGCUAUUUUCCUGUUUUUUCAUUGGCUAAAGACCAGCUGACAUUUAUCCUUUAGGGAAAUGGCUUAAAAGGACAUGAUGAUGCCGGCGGCCGGCCGCUGGACUUUCUCAGGUGGGUCUCUCUACUUGCAAAGGCUCGACGGUUGCGAUCGUUGCCGCCGCCGGCUGGAGCUGAACUGCAUGGAAAGAUCAUCAAAGCUGUUGUUGAUGUUUAAGAUGGAACUCUUCCUGCCUGCCAAAGAAAAACUAUGUAAAUUGAAGGGAAAGGAAAAGAAGUCGGGAUUCCAGACUUCUGAGUGUUAAUAGAACGAAUAUGCAGCUGCAGGCCCUGUUUUCGAGUUCAUUGGGCCGAGCGAGGCCCACGACUUUGUUAUGUUGGAAGCUGGUAGUUUCUUCAAUUAUACCAUAUUGUUCGUUUUGGCCGACUUGCUAUUCGUUUUUUUUUUUGGUAGAAACUUGCUAUUCGUUAUAAUGCUGAAUCGGGAAGAAAGUAGACACGACCUUACUUGAACAGGAUCUGUUCUAUAGGCUCGUACCUCUGUGUCCUUUAGCACUAAGGAGACAGGUUUCCAAGUCUGGUGGAUGAAUUGUGGCCACAUGAUCAGAGCGUGAUUAACGGUUGAGAUGAUCUCUGAGCUCGUCAAAGUUGUAGAUGAUCGUUCUUGGCCGCUGAGGCGGCUUGGAUGGUCAUGUGGUUGUCUGACAGACUAUAUAUUUUCUUAAGGUUUUUGCUUUGUUGGGCCGACGUCAGCCCAAAAGAAAACUGGUCCAAAUAUCUUUGGGUUGGCUAUACUACUUCUGAGCCGAAUUAUUGUUGCAUAUUGGGCCUUUUUUUGAACAAACCCAGCAGAUUGGGUUCCUCACAUCCUUAGUAUAGGUUGAAAGUUGAAACCCAUUAAAGGGUACAGUAAAUAUAUAGACGAAAGUGACAAAUAAGUGCUCAAAUUCCCAUGGUACAGAUAAAAUCUAAAAUUUCAUGAAUAUAAAUAAAACUAAGAAGAAAAAUACUUCUCAAAAUAAUGCUAACUUUAAUAAAAUCUUAAUUAUUCUGUAUAAGUGAGUUUGUAGCUCAAGUAUUUAACGUGUUGGACUCAUCUAAGAGAGAGUUCAUAUACAAAUGCACCCUCUUGUUGGUGUUCUUUUUAAAUACACUCUUGUACUCUUAAAAUCUUGGAUAGUAAAUCAAUAAUAAAGUAUUGCAAAGUAAAAUUUUGUAUAUUUAACAUCCUAGUGAAGAUAUUAUAUUCCAUUCCUAUCGUAACAAUUAAUCAUUCCUCUACUACGAAAUACCAAGAAGUCAUUGGAUAAAUGCACGUUGCACCAAACACCCUCAAAGCUAAAUUAGUUGAGUUAACGAGUCUUCAAACCCCACUUAGAAGCGCCAAGCAAGAGUCUAAGACAUUGCCUAUAUGAGAAUGCAUGCAUCCCACAACUACAACUACAUUACGGAUAAUGGAUUGGUCUAAUGGUAAUACCACUAGCAUUGGACUGAAGGUUCCAUAUUUGAAUCUCUUUAGUAGUACCUAAUUAACAUAUAUUCUGUUAAUUAACCUCUCUACUCUAUACAUUGUUUUAGAUUGAAAACUACUUAACUCGGUUAGCAAAUAAUAAAAAGCUCAUUAUUUUCCCAAAUAACUAAUAGGGAUGACAAUUUCGACCCGACCCGUUUUACCCGAUCUGUUUGGCCUGUUUUGGGGAGGGUCCGACCCGCCCGUAGGCGGGGCGGGGCAGGCAUGGGUACUCUCAUUGAUCCGACCUGCCCUGUCCCGCCCCAUUCUCGACCCGUUCUUGCCUAAAUUACAUGUAAUCUCAGUCAAAUUAUUUAGGAAUUUUCUUUUAUUACAUCAUAAUUUAGCUAUAAUAAAGUUGUAAAUUAGUGAAAACCUCAAUUUCUUUGAUAAUUUAACUACAUUUAUCAUAAUAUUGUUUGUUUUCUUGGUCCUAUAAUAAAAAUAACGAAUAUUUCUAAUGUUUUUCAUAUAAAAUGCAUACCCAUUGAGUCGACCUGCCCCGACCUGCGACCCGUAAUAAAUUACCCGACCUGCCACGAAACGGGUCUGAAUACCAAAAAACCCGUUCCGGACCUGCCCAUUGCCAUUCCUAAUAACAAACCGAGUGGACACAUCAACAAAAAGAGAGUGGGAUCUAUCAUCUCUGUACAUCCCAUAAUAAAACUAAAGAUAACCCAGAAUAAGCAAGCGAGAAGCAACCCAAAAAGAAAGGGGAAAUGAUUUGAGAUAUGGGUGCCUGUCAAAGAGAUAAAUGCUAAUUAAUCUA